UUGAACUAAAUCCUGAAAAUCUAAACAUGGCGCGAGAUACGUGAAGAUUUCCGGUAAAUCCCUGACUAGGGCUGCAUGCAUUUAUCGAAAUAGCCACAACACUGGUGACCCUAUGAAUCCCUCCAGGAAUGAGUACAAGGAUGCGAGCUCAAAUACCUCAUCGGCGUUCUGGAAAUAUCAUGGUCUUGCUAGGGAUGGGAUAAAUUUAUUGCUGAACAAUGGUUUUGAAGAAUCACAAAAGCUCUUUCGAAGUCACAGUGAUGGUUCUCCACUAAUGAGUGCUGGUUCAGGCAUGGUGGAUUUUGUGCAAGCAAUUCUUACAUUUGAGGAUGAUCAGCUUGACAGGGCUCUUGAGAACCUUAAAAGGGCUCAGAGGGUUUGCUGUGUAGAGAACAUCAGGAAGGGUACAGGAGUGGGGCUGGAUGAACAACUGAUGAGGCAGAUCUUGUAUGCUGAUUGUGAGCUCUACAUGGCUCUUCUGACAUUCCUAAAACAAGGCAUCACUGACUAUAUCAAAGGUGGAUAUCUGAUGCGACGUGCAUGGAAGCUCUAUGAUAAAUGUUAUUGUGAGAUAAGUGGUAUUGGUGGAGCAUUCUUGGCAUGGGCUCCUGAACUGAGGUGUAGUACAAAUGGCAAUGUGUCAUCUGGCCGUCAUCAUGUUGAAGAGGCUAUUGAUGAGUCUGUAGAAACUUGUGUGGUAUCACCCUUGGAACCUGAAGAUGUGCUGGUAUCCCCCUUGAACAAUCUUACCAUAAAUGAAGAAACAGUCAAGCUGUCACCUGCAGCAGUCAGUCCUGAGGCAUUAAGGCACCUUCAGGCUGCAGUAUCUUGUGGUUAUGGGCUGUUUCAUUUGGCAAUAUCUCUAGUACCACCCAAGCUGUUAAAAUAUUGUCAUCUUCUUGGAUUUUCUGGAAACAGAGAAGUUGGAAUACAAGCAUUGAACUUGGCAAGUCAGAGUGAAGAUAUGAAAGCUCCGGUGGCAAGACUUACCUUGCUGUGGUAUCACGCAGUAAUCCGGCCAUUUGUUGCACUGGAUGAAGGAAAAAAUGAGGAAGGUUUGGCCAAUGCAACUGCUCUCUUGGAAGAAUCUUACCAAGAAUACCCAAGCUCAGCUGUGUUUUUAUUCUUCAAGGGGCUUGUAUCCAGAUUGAAGGGUCACAUUGGCAUAGCAUUGGAUGAAUUUCAUCAGGCCAUGCACUCUGCUGCAGAACAACAAGAAAUAGCUCUUAUAUGUCAAUAUGAAAUAGGUUGGUGUCACAUGUUAAGGCUAGAGUGGGAAUAUGCCCUCCCAGCAUUCCUAAGAUUGAAAGAAGAAUCUAAAUGGUCGCAAAGCUACUAUGCUUAUCUCUGUGGAGUCACAAUAGGUAUCCUAGGAAGUACAAGUGAGGCACAAGCACAGUUUAAAUUGGUUCCUAAAUUUGUCAAGAAGAAAACUCCUCUGGAGCAGUUUCUCCUAAGGAAGGCUGCGAUGUACAAAAAAGGGCCGCCAUCAGAAGCUGACUGUCUGCUGUUAGCAUUAGAACUUUUGUAUGUGUGGAGAGCGUUCUACACUUGCAACGAAAUUGUCUUAAAUAGAAUUCUUUCUGAUGUAGAGAAGUGUCAAGUGAGUGCCAAUCUUGUUCCUCUCAAAUCUCUUAUUCAAGGAUCAGCAUGUCAGGUCCUGAAGAAAACUGAUUUAGCUAUAAAGUUUCUUCAGGAUGCUAUCGUCAAAUCUGGUCGUAGUCCUCCAGAUUCUCACGUGCCUCCUUUUGCAUUGUAUGAACUUGGUGUUCUAUAUGCGCAAGACGAAAAGAUGAGUACUAAAGGAGAAGAACUGUUGAAAAGAGUCAAGGAUAACUUCAGUGGUUAUGACUUUGAAAACCGACUGAGUUUCCGUGUUCAUGCAGCGCUCGCAAGAAUAGAUGAACGAAAAAUGAGCCAAGAUCAAGCUAGUGCUAAAAGAUGAAGAUCAUAGCCAAGGUCACGUGAUAUUAAACUGGACACACCACUAUCACGGCAUAAACCAUGAAAAGCUCAAAAAGGAAUUCUAGAGGCAACAAGGAAAGGUUAAAACGGAUUGAUGAGACCUUCAUCAACCUGAUAAUUGCUCAAACCUCACUGUCAUUGAGAUUUUACUAAUCGAGUUGGUUUUCCGACAACAAACUUUUUAAAAUUAUCUUCAAUGAUCCCGUUAGAUACCGUGAAAUAUGUUUAGGGUAAUUCGAUAAAUUCCUUUUUAACAAAGUUAGUGUGUUGGAACAACGUUCUUAAACUAAGAUUGCGUUCUGAAAAUAAUUCGUUAAUCAACGUUCUCUUUUAAGCGAAAAAGUCAAUUUUUACAAUGUUAUAUAAUUUUAGUCGCAGUUCAAGACUUUAAAUACGUCUGGAGGCAGCUACCUAAUAUUUGAUCGUUAUUUAUUUAGAGUCCAUUUGCAUUUUAAUAAACCCGUGGCCCCCUUAAGGGCACGGAAAAGUAAAUCUAACGAGGAGUCUCGACAAAACGACAUUGUUACUUCAAAGUGCUGUUAAUGAGAGGCUUGUUUUACUGUCACACAAUUAACUUCUAAGCAAGGUGGUAAGUGCUGGAUAUUUGCCCAGCUGUGAGGCGGCGAGGUGAAAAUUCACCGUUAGCCACUGAGGUGAAUAGCUGAUUUAGAAUAUACUAAAAUAGUGAGAUAAAAAGAUGAUUUAACUAAUUUAUUUCUGCAGCGAUUACAAUAUGUUCGGGCGCGAGUUGCUCGGAGGUGAAUGGAAAAGGAUUUUCUCGGUUUGAGAAGCAAAUCAGAGCGCGCCCUCAACGCUGUCCACUGUUUUAGUAGAUACUAAUUUUUUUGGACCGAUAAACCACCUUACAGAAAUACUUUCUGGGCUCUCAUUUCUACGCUUAAAACAAUGAUUUUUUAAUGGACUAAGUGUAAAUUGAUAUGAUGUUUCUUCUAUCUUAACUCUUCAAAAAAGGUUAGAUGGCUCAAACCGUUAUUUUUUAAGAACAAUUCUUUGUUUAAUCGCAGCUUCCAUAUUUCCAUACUCUUUAUUUCCUUGCAAAUGGCUAAGCUGAAUUUUUUGACAUAAAAGGUAACGAAAGGAACAUCACAUUGUAGCUUUGUGGCUCUAACUCACAGAUGAGUUCACUUAGCAUAUCAAGAUUCAACUUUCUGCAGAGUUUUCAGAAAAUCAGACCAUGGAAAUGUUUCGAUUAAUUAAGAUGAUUGCAAGCUUUAUGUACAGCUUUAUGUACUUUAUGUUAUGCCAUACGAAAACGAGCGAUAAUAUCAAUUUAUGAAAAAAUUGUUUGAGAAUUAUACAACCAUGUUGAUUCACCCCAAAUCUGUGAAGUUGCUUUCAAAAGGUUUCUUUGUGAAUAUUAUUUAUGCUUAGGAGGGAUGAUUUACUCUGAUUUGUACAGUGGAACACGAUCUUAUUUAUUGAAACUUUGAAUUGGGAGAAGAGAACAGCAACGUGUAAAUAUUUUAAUGAGCAUUUUUUCAAGAGUGUAAAUGUUUAUUACCUUAUGAAGAUAUCUUGACUUGUAUAGAAGUGAACUUUUCAGUCGUAGACGAAUCCUCAUUGAAUUAAUGAAUGAAUCGUUCAUGUUUAUUUAUGAUUUUAUUUAAUGUAACUGUAAAGUUAUUGAACACUUGUUUUGGGAGUAAACGCUAAGUAAAGCUGAGUAACCUCUUAGGGGGAUUGAAAAGGAGAAUUAUG